ACAAACGAGCUUCUAAAAUAUUUUUUUUUUAGAAACACACUAAUAUAUCAUCAAAAUGGUUGUGGCGUUAUGCGGCGGAAAGAGAGAGCUGGUGGCGCAAGAUGAUCGAGUUAAAGUAUAGAAACCCUCUCUCGGUGUGGCAGACUACAAGAGCUAGGGGAGGGUUUUCUCAGUCAGUUUGGGAGAAUAUAUCUAAAGGGUAUGACUCAUUCUGGAACUUCGCUAGCCUGGAUCCUGGAAACAAUACUGAAGUGUCGUUCUGGCACGAUAAAUGGAUCCCGGGAAGAGUGUUGGCAACCUCAUAUCCUCGCGUUGCUGCUGCUGCCGCUGACCCAGAAGCUAAAAUAUCCGACUUGGCAUCUCAUAAUGGUGAGUCUGUUAUUUGGUCUUUAAAUCUUAAUUUUGUGUUGAGAGGGGGAGCGGAGAGUGAAAGAUUGGAUUUGAUACAUCUUCUAAGUUCCUUAGAGAUGAUUGAUAAGGCUUGCCGCCCUUGCAGAUUAAUAUGGAAUCCUGAUAUGAAUGGGAAUUUUUCUGUUAGUUCUUGUUACAAGAUGUUGAUGCAGGAAGAAGUGUAGGGUUCGAAUGACUUCCCAGCUAAACAAGUCUGGAAGAACGUGGUGCCGAGCAAAAUAUGUUUCUUUAUAUGGUUAGUUUAUCAUAACAGAAUCCUCACGGCGGAAAAUCUGAAGAAAAGGGGGUGGGCUUUGGCGAGCAGAUGCCACCUUUGCUACAACAAAGAAGAAACUUCCUUACAUUUGUUCAUUGAAUGUCAGUUUGUGAAGGAGGUUUGGAACCAUAUCAGCCAUACCAGACAUGGAGUGUUCUUUCAAGGAGGAGAUAUAUGCUCGAUUAUCAAAAACUGUCCACACCUUGCGCCGGACUGUAUUGAAGGCUGGUUUAAAGCUUGCAUCCUCCAUGAUGUUUGGUAGCUGGUGUGGUUGGAAAGAAACCACCGGAUGUUUGAAGAGAAAUCAACGACGACUAUCGUGGUGGCAAAUAGGGCGGUGAGGUACACGAUAUAAUGGCUGGUGGCUCAUGGUAAAGUGGAGAAGGUGUUGGGCGAGACUUGGUUGCGGGAGACACUAGCCGGGUACUGAUCUGGAUUGUUUCACAAGAAGUGUUGGGUGGUUGUUUGUCCUCCCCAGGCCUGCGUGAGUUCAGGUUGUUUUCGGUUCAUUAUUGAGGUUGCGUCAGGUUUUGGUGGAAUUGGUAGGAGUUGACUCUGUUACCCUUGCUCCUUUUGUUUCAUAGGUUUUACAGGGCAUUUCUCCCUUCUUUGGCUUCUCCUUUUUAUAUUUCUGUUUUCUGUUCUGCUUUUAAUUAUAUAUAUAUAUAUUUGUUAAUGUCGUACGUGGUAAAGCAAUGUAAUUUUUUUAUGGUAAACCUGUAGCAAUGUAAUAGUUUAGAUUUCAGGGUUUAGGAAUAUGUUUGUUAAAAUCACCCCAAGUAGAAAAGCAUGUUUAGUCGCUAACCUUCUUUUUUUUUUUUUUUUUUUGAAGGCGGGCUGGAAUCUGUCCGUAGAGCUCUUAGGUUCCAUUAGCAACUAGGAGAUUUAAUACUAACUCAAAUGAAUUCGUUAAUGCUAACUUUCAUGAUAAUGAAUAACACUUAACUUUAACGCCGGCAGAAGAUGCUCUUUUGAUCCAACUUGUUUGGUGCUAAGUUACUGUUGUUUGCAAAUUGAUUAUCAUUAAAAUAUGCUUUAUUGGACCACCAAAAAACAAGCACAUGGGAUUAGCUUAAUGUUGGAAAUUGUCAAAUUGUACUUGUACAGUUAACUACACCACUUUUUGUCUCUUAAACUCACUGGACUUCUGGAUUUUAAAUCAAAAUUAUUAUUUAGGCUGGAUUAGGCAAUGAUUAACUCCCUAACUCAGAGGCCGAAACUGAAGCACCUGCCCCUGGAAUGGAACACUUAAGGCCCAUUAAUUAUUUUGGGGCCCUUUCACUAUUAAGGGCUUCAAUUUCAUUCUAUGAGGUUUCUUGUUCUCUUCUGUUUGCAAAUUCUUGCAGCAAUAGCCAUUUGUAUUGGAUUUCAAGAUGCAAACUGAACUUGAAUCAUAACGUUGUAUAAAAAAAUUGUUUCUUUAAUCAAAUUAAUAUAUGGAACUUAGUUCUGCAUCACUCUAGAGGGAAUCAUAUAAAAAAUGAACUUAUAUUCUACUUUUGGAUUGGAAAUUUGAUUAAACGUUUACUUAGGCUAUAACAGAAAAUAAAACAAAAGAGAACACACGGCAAUAAAACAGAGCCGUCAAAUGUGGCCACUAGCUGCCUAAUAAUAAUAAUAAUAAUUAGUUGUUAAGAGCUCUCUCCAAAUUCUUGCUAAUGGUGUUUUGUUAGCUACCGUUCAGAUUCAAGUUGAAAAGCAAGACACAGAACUUCUCCUUUCGUGAUUAGGAUGAUGAUUAGUAAUUUAAUUGGACUAAAAUCAUCCUAUUCCUACUAAAUUCUUAUCCCGUCUUCUUGGUCUUUCAAAAUUUAGAAAAUAAUUUCUUAAUGAUGCU